AAGAGUGACAUCACUUAAGAAAUAAAUGGCGACCAUGAUGGAGGUCGAUCUUGUUCGCUAUCUGUGCUCCUGCGGCAGAAGGCACCCACAAUGUCGUUUAUAUUUAUGCAGGCAUUGUCUAAAACUACGUUGCAGUGACUGUGUACAGCAUGAGGUAGAUUCGCCAUACUGCCCCAACUGUCUAGAAAAUAUGCCAGCAUCUGAGGCAAGACUGAAGAAGAAUAGAUGCAGCAACUGUUUUGACUGCCCAGUUUGUGGACAUACCCUAAUGACUCGUGCAACAAGCCAAAUGGUUACCAAUCCAGAAGACCCAGGCAAAUCAACACCCAAGAAGAUGUAUUACAUGGCUUGUGGAUUUUGUCGAUGGACUACGCGUGAUGUUGGUUUACAUGACCAGAGUGUUGCUAAUGGAGGUUGGCCUGAACAAGAAAAUCCGAAUGUUAAAAGGAUUGGUGCUCUGCUGGAGAGUUAUCGGGCUGUUGCACAGCGAGAGAAAGCUGAAAGGGAGAGGAAAAAAUAUGUAAAGAGGCGAAGUCACCAAACUUUCCAAGAUAAAUAUGGACUAACAUCAGUGGCCAUGAAGUGGAAAAUGCAGCCCACUCUGGCAAAUCUGAGCUUGAAGGAAAAUCAGAAAGCACCAGAACCACCUGAAAUGGUUGAGCCAGUUGUUGAUUUUGAUCCCCUUCCACUGGAAAUUUUUACUGACCCAAUAUAUUUAGAGCAGAUCACUCAUAUCAGUCACAGACUGGCUGCCCCUGAAUUCCAGUCUCCUGCAACAACAGACCUGCGUCCCAUCCAUAAACAUCUGCUGGUCAGACGGUCACUGAGGUGCAGGGAAUGUGAGCACAAUCUUAGCAAACCUGAUUUCAACCCAUUGUCCAUCAAGUUCAAAAUUCAGUUAGUUGCUCUGAAUCAUAUUCCAGAAUUGAGAAUCCUGGCACCAGCAACUUUCACUUCAAACAAGGAGACUGUGGUGACAUUCACUUUGAGCAAUCCAUCUGGAUUUAGCACCGUGGUCAAGCUGCUGCCUGUGGAAGAUGAAACUGAUACUGACUUCAUGACUGCUAAGAUUGACCUUCCAAAGUCAGACUUAGUUCUGGCUGCACAUGAUGACACUGCAGUAUAUGACGAUACUAGCAAGAACCAGCAAGAUUUCAAGGAUGAUCCCAAAGUGAUUGUCUUUCGAAGAGCAAACAAGAUAGGCUUUGCUGCCAAAGUGACUCCAUUUGUGAGAUGUGGGGAUGUGAAGGUGAGCUUUAUCCUGAAGCACGAGUUCCGUAAUACAGCUGUUGCUGUACAAAGCGAGGAUAAAGAACCAAAACUAGUGUGGCUGGAGCAUCGCUUGUUUAUACAACUGGGUUCUAUCCAUCAACCACAAGGAGUACCAGUAUAAGUUUGCCCUAAAGACUACCCAGGACAGACCAUCAACAUCAAAACUUGUCUGUUGGGGUUUGCUGUGACUGGCUGAAUCAUAUACUUUGAGGGAAGUGGGGAAAAGUAUUACCUAUAUCUGUUUAUCUUAGAGCUUAGAUAUGCCUCAUUCUGUAGAACAUAUCUGAUUGUUGAUGUCUUUUUUAAACUAUAGAUAAGGUAGACCGCUGAAAUUGUCAGUUUCUCAUUUUGCUUGAAGAUGACGUUUACAUUUUAGUGCAUCACAUUUUAGGGGGUUUUGUUUUAUUUAAUUUAAAUGCCUACAUUACAGGCACUAGUCAUUGCUUUUGCCCUUAUUGGGACUUUCUUGGCAUUGCAUGUGUUCUGUUCAAAAUGAUAUGAUACUGUGAAUGAUCAAUGUAUUAUCAUGCACUUCUUUCCAAACUAAAAAAAAAAUAAGAAAAAAGAAAGGUAGUAUUUCAGGUAUGUGUGAGCAUGCACUUUGUGUGUGCAUGAAUGUAUACAUGUAACUUUAAUAAGUGGUUUCAUAAAAAAACAUGGUAGACAUGCAAAAUAUUUGUGCAGAUUACAUUAUUAUUGAUCAUAAAAAUAACUGAAUCUUGUGUUUACCCUUCUGUGUUACAAGUGCAAAAGAAGCUUCAUUUCCAACUUGCUGGCUUAAACAUCGUCUUUUGAAAGCAGACUGCACAAUUUAAAAUUAAUACAUGUCCUGCCAAAGUAAAUUGUAUCCCAUGCUUAAUGUUGUUUUAUGUUGUUUUUGUUCCUGCCGCCAGCAGGGUGUUUGGUUUGUGAAAGGAUAUUUCCUCAUCAGUAAAAUUGACUGUGCAUACACAUUCAGAAGUUUUGUACAACUGCAAGCAGAAAGUAAUUCUGUGAGGACAGAGAUGUCAUAAAUGGCUCCAGGUUGUGAUCAACAAUGAGCUCUCUCUGCCAGAACAAAGACUUUAUAAAACCUGUGGAAAAAGUCUCAGUGAUGAAUGUGAUGGAAUACGUGGCAAAGUAUACAUACAUGUAGAUAUGUUUAUUGCAAAUGAGAUUAUAGAUUAUUUGUGCAAUUGUAACUGCUUUCUAUGAAAAUAUAAAAUGGUGGUUACCUUUUUGGCUGGUGGAAGCUGUAAUAUGUCUCUAAGACCUCCACAUGCAUUACUGGUCCCUUGGAAAUCAUUGGUGCUUCCAGUAACAGCAAUUAUUUAUUUUAAACUUGUUGCUUCAUUUCAAAAUAAACGCUUAAGACCAUCA